CCCUAAGGCAAAUAUUUCUCCCCGGUUUCACCCAAAUCUCACUUCUCCGCCGAUCACGACUUACAGAGACCGGCGAAUCUCCCAUCUUCCUCAUCCUUCCGCUCGGAUCCUACCAGAAAUCAUUGAGGAAGGUAAUCCUGUUCGCCAUUCUUCCUCUUCGCUCGUAGGACGUAGGCGAUCGCGACUUUCAGUGACCACCGAAACUCCCAUCUUUCUCAUCCUUCCGCUAGGCUCCUACUAGAAAUCAUUGAGAAAGGUUUUUUAUCUCUCUCAGAACAUCACUGGUGGUAGUGCCAAGAGAUUUCUAUGGGUCUUCUAACCAUUAUCAGGAAGAUAAAGAGGAAGGAGAAGGAGAUGAGGAUUCUUAUGGUCGGACUGGACAACUCAGGCAAGACAACUAUUGUGCUCAAGAUCAAUGGUGAGGACACUAGCAUCAUUAGCCCUACUUUAGGCUUCAACAUCAAGACCAUCAAGUACCAGAAAUAUGUCUUGAACAUUUGGGAUGUUGGAGGGCAGAAAACAAUCAGAUCAUAUUGGAGAAACUACUUCGAGCAGACUGAUGGCUUGGUGUGGGUUGUAGAUAGCUCUGAUGUGAGAAGAAUGGAUGAUUGCAGAAUGGAGCUUGAAAAUCUCCUCAAAGAAGAGAGAUUAGCUGGAGCUUCUUUGUUGAUCUUGGCCAACAAGCAGGAUAUUCAAAGUGCCCUUAAGCCCUCUGAGAUUGCAAAAGUUCUAAAUCUGGAUGCUUUGGAUAGAAGCCGGCAUUGGAAUAUUAUUGGCUGCAGUGCUUACAGUGGUGGAGGUUUGUUCCAGGGGUUUGAUUGGCUCGUUCAGGACAUUGCUUCCCGGAUUUAUGUGAUCGACUGAUCUGGUUAUUUCUUUACCCCAAACCCUAAACAGUGACUGCUGUUUGGUUGCAGAUAAGAUAGAUGAAUAUGUUUUCUACAGUGCGUGUUUUUUAGGAAAAAAAACAAUAAACAAAAACACGAAGUUAUGAAUGAAACUAUAACAAAUAAAUAAUUUCGCAGUACGUUUGUUUG